AUGAAGGAAUACACCCCUGGAGACGGCAUGGCCUUUGGUCUGGGUACCCACAGCAUUGACCAAGCUGUUGUUCUCUUCGGCCGUCCAAAGUCCGUGACUGGCUUCUUCCGGACACAGAGAGGUAUAGAAAGUGAAGUUGAGGACUCUUUCACUAUUGUGUUGCAGUACGACAGCCCACAGAAAGACCUUCUGGUUACUGUCAAAACCUCCAUCACCACACCCAUGGCACAGCAGUUGAAGCACCUCGUUCGCGGAACAAAGGGAUCGUGGUUGAAGGAAGAACAGAUCGCUGAGGGUCACAGACCGCUGGAACCGGGGUUCGGCAAAGAGUCAGCCGAAUUGUACGGAACUUUGACGACAUACAAGGAAUUCGAUGGUAAUUCACAGCACUUUGACGAAGCAACAAAGAAGUAUGUCGGCAAGUACCCAUCGAUCGUUGGCCGCUGGCUAGGAAUUUACGAAAACUUGGCCGACGCCAUCAAUGGUAAGACUGAGCUGGAGGUUAAGGCCCAGCAGUCGCGCGAUGCGAUCCGAAUUAUCGAGCUGGCCAGGGAGUCACACAACACAGGAGCUACAGUUUCAUGGAAGUGA